CGGGCAAUUCAAAUGAUUUAGACUUUCCACAAUUUGCAUUGCACAAUUAUUUGUGUCUAUGAUGGCACUACUAGCAAUGUACAAACAAUGUGAUUGUCCAAACGCAAACCGUGAAUUGCUAAGUAGUGACACACGUGGCUCGCUUCAAAGAGCAGUUAAUUAUUUACAGCGGUCCUCUCAUCGUGGGCGUGUAAUGCCGGUUUAUGGAACUUGAAUCAGUGAAGUGUUUUAACAUAUUAAUUUAAUUUUUAUUCUUUUUCAUCUAUUGUUCUGUUUUUUAAACGCUUUAUCAAUUUUUUAUUCUUAUUGAAGAUAUUUUGUUACUAAUCGUUUAGUGUAAUUUAUGCCAAUAUUAUUUUCCAAUAUUCGUCAGACUUCUAAUGCUUUGCCCACAGAUGCCGCACUAUAAAUAUUUGAUCGUCAAUAAGAAAAGAAAAAAGGAGGACAAUAUUUUAAACACUCAGAAACCCACGAAGAAAACUGAAGAUAAGAAAACGUUGAAAACCGCAUCAAAGGAAACCGCAGAGAAGAACUAUGCGAUGGAAGACCCACAAACAAAUUCCAAGAUUGGUCUUGGCUGCCAUGAGGUCCCCUCUAGCUCAAGCCGUGAUGCAGCCUGUAGCCUAAGCUCACAAUCAAUCGAACCAAGACCAAAAUCGCGCCAUGAUGCAAAUUCUUCAGAGCAGCCUCAAGAGAAAGAUAGCUUUUCCGUUCAGCAUAGGGAAGAAAGUGAUCAAAGUAGCACAGAACAUUCUGACAGUCGAUCAUCUGCAGCUCCAUCAGGUUUUCGAUGCAUCUCCAAGAAUGAGCUCUCUAUCGUCAGCAUGGAGAAGCCUCUUACUGUUGCUAAAGGAGUGUUGAGCGAGGCACACUUAGUUGUUCCACCUUUACCUGGCAAGCCUACAGAGGCUUCAGCUGUGGAGGCAGAGCUACCAUUGAGUGUAUCAGAAGAGACACAACCGACUAGGGAAGCUUCUCAACUUCAUGCCGCGAGAUCAAUCCAUGACCAGGAAACAUUUUUAGCUGCUCUAAACCUUACUCCAUCUUUCAAACUACGAAGCUCAGGUGAAUUAACACACACACAAACACGGCUUACUGGGGCUAGCAAAAAGAGAAAGCACAGAACUCCUGUUCAUUCUCUGAUAGACGAGGUUGCAGAUGCCGAGUUCUUGGGAGAUAAUACUAAGCCAAAAAGUCCAAAGGAGCUCAAAAGUCGUGAGACAGAAACCGGUUUUACGCCAGCCAGCUGUCAUUCCUGUCAUCAAUCGUUCGAUAGCAUAAACCAGCUCAGUGACCACGUCAGAGCUUGGCACCAGAGGAGGUGCUUUCGCUGUGGCAUCAAUCAUUUCGAUACGUUGAACGAGUUCCUAAUCCACCAUAAAAGUCACAUUCGGCCUUGCUGGGUCAAAUUGCGUGGCCUGGGACCUGAGUACAGGCAAGAAGCGGAAGACUUGAGAAAGGAAAUCUCAAAGAACUACCAAGCUCUUUUUCCAAAAAUUCGCCUUCGGCUCACAUCAAGUCGGAAAGCAAAAGCAGCGGAACAGCGCAUCGAACAGGAGAGGCGCCAGUCUGCAAUUCAGUUAAAAUCUCGCGAAGAAAAUAUGGAAAAUGACAUGGAAGUCUUGGACAAGAUCAUAGAGUCCUUGCAAAGUGAGAGCGCUGAGUUUUCUUCAACUGCAACGUUGCCACCAGAGCCCAGUCCUGCCACAAGCAUAUCUCUAAGUUAUGUUAGCUCCCCAGCCUCAACACCAGCAUUGUCACCACCGGCGCAAAGCGUGCAACAGCCGCUCAUAUCCGUUCGCAGCACAGCCUCUCUGAUGAGUGAGUCUGCACUUAGAAACCUGAGUGAUAAGGAAGGUGACACCGUGCAACAAAAUGCCGACGAGCCAGAGUUCGUGUCGGUCGAGAGAUUGGCGGAUAACAACAUAACGCUGGCCUCGAUCCUUACUCCUCCACAGAGCAACACCCCAAUCAUCUCACAAACCCUUCCAUCCCAACAAGCAGCAUUAGUCCCAGAACAACAUCAACUGUCCUUUGAGCCACAAACCACGCAGCAGGUCUAUAUCUCGACUCAACACGUGUUCAUGGCUCAGCAGCAGGAACCGCCGCCAAUGGCACAACGUUCCCUUCAUCACUUGUUGUCAGCGCCUAACAUGUCCACAUUGGGGAUGCAGCAGCGUCAGGCGCCUCUGAAGGCCAACCCAGCAUACCGCUGUUCCGUUUGCAACUACCAGGCCACCAACAUGGACCAGUUGAAUGGUCACAGAACCCUGCAGGAACACUUCAUGUGUCCAAUGUGCAGAUCAAACUUCAAGACUCAGGAAGAUGUGAUGAGGCACCACAAAAAUGUACAUGCGGCUGAGCCAGUCCAGAGACAACAUAAUCCGCUGCCAACCUACCAACAACACAUGAACAAGGAACAGUUGAAUGGAGCUUUCGUAAUGCAACAAAACCCGUAUCACCAGCACCACCAGCAGCAGCUUCAUCAAAUGUUAUUGCAACAGCAGAUGGGAGGUCCAUCACCCCCUGGUCUUCACCCGAUGCAGCCCAGCCUGCAAGGCAUGAUUGCCAUGCAGCAGCGAGUAAUGGGGCCCAUGCAAAUGGCGCCUGGUAUUCCUCCCUAUCAAAUGGCGAUGCAACCAAGGGGCGUCAUCAGGCAGUCAAGCAGGCAUAGGUUCCAACAGCCUAACGCGAACAACGUUGCGCAUAGGCAGGCAAUGCAGGGCACUGCAUACCGUCAGGCGAAUCCAAACACACUUACCCCUCUAAAAAGGCCAACGGAGAAUCAGACGGGACAGCAGGGCGCUCCCCCGGCCAAGAAGCGAACUGGUCUGGAUAUUCCUGUCGAGCAGCCGGACGACUGCCAGAUAAUUGCAGUGCAAAGAGGAGGGGACGGUGUGCCUCAGAUCACAAGUGUGCAGGGAGCAGCUUCACGGGCCAAUGAAAUUUCUUCCCAAGCAGCUUCCACUUUGCUCAGCAACUCCAAUAUUUCUGUGUCUAUUCAGCCCAUAGACAAGGAUAAGGGGAAGCCGCAAUCAGAGGUUGUUGCUAGCAUCCUGAAGGACAGAGGCAUAACAGUCACGGCAAAAACCGUCAGUGAAAAACCUGCAGAGCAGGACAACAAGGUUGAAAAUCGAAGUGCACUGGCGAAUAUUCCUGAAGUCCUGAUCAAUAACAAGAAUAUUCAAAUUUCACAAACGCCCAAGGUGAAGAAUGGAUCGAAGACGGAAAUGCCUGCUCCUGGAGCACCUGCGCAGAAUGUCAACCGCCCCACAAAGCCACAAACCGUUGAUAUUACAGCUGAGGCCAGGGCGAAUGCAAAUAAUCCUCAAAACAAGAAACCCAGCAACCACAACGUAACCUGCCAAAUUUGCAACAAGGGCUUCGCCACAACCAAUGCCCUAAACAUACACACUGGAAUGGUGCACUCAGAAAAAGUUAUAUACAGGUGCAAGGUGUGCAAUGCAGCUUUCACCUCAGCAGAUGGACUGCGCACUCAUGAAGUGACUCACAACAAGGACAGCGUGCCACCAGGGGGUGAGCUUGCCAUCCCUCUUGUCAACGUGCAAGACGCCACAGUGGUGAACAAUCUCGCAAGGAUCGGCAUCAACUACUACAUCCCACUCAGCAACAGCGAAGGCAGCGGAUCUUUCAGCAUCCCAGUCAUUUCCGCGGAAAGCUCUGUUAAAAAUCCCAACGUGUCUAUUGAUUUGGGUGCCAUUUCAUUCUUAAAAAUUGGGCAAAUGAAUGCUCUCAAUAACCGCCGCACUUGAAACAGACUGAACAAAGAGAAUUGUUAUCAUUUCCCUGAAACUAAAAUUAUGGGGUUUUUCUGAAAUGGAAGCACAGAAUCCAAAAUAAAUUUGUAUGUUCGCACUGAAGCACCUACAAAUCUAAAAAAUAUGGGAUGUGUCCAAAAUGGAAGAGCCAAAUGGGAUAUUGACAUGAGCGUUCGCACUGAAGCGCUUACAAUUGUAAAAAAACUUUUCUUGGAGGAGAAAAGGCAUGCACAGCUGCGAAAUUAAGUCUCAAACUAUUGACAGCCAUGAACUAACUGUCAGACCAACCAUAUUGUGUUGGUUUAACAUGAGCCUUUGAGAAUUUCCAAAUUCAUAAUAUUUAAAACAGUGCAUAAGUUUUAUUGCACUUAUUACCUUGGUACACUUGAAUAAAGGGGAGCUAGAAGCCAAACACUGAUUUGGGGGCCCCAUUAAACCCAAGUUGUACUUGCUGAUAUUUUUAUUUUACGUUUGCUUUACUGUCUGUAAAUUUCAGCAACUGAACGCAACGUGGAAAUCCAAGCCUAUGAAGACUAUAGGAACUUAAUUUAAUUUAUUUUUCCUGCAAUACACAUAACAAAAUAUAAGUUAGUGUACAAAGGUCCUGAUUUAUUAAAUAUGAUUACAGCUUUUGACAUACAGAAGAUACUGGAUUGAUUACGUUAUACUGGAGAUAUUAGUGAGAAAUCGGCUUUCAAUGGCUGGUUGAUUUCCUUCAAGAUGUAAGGGGAACGGAUCUGAGCUAUUUAGCGCUGCUAAUAAAAUUUGAUAUUUUGGAAGUAUUCAACAAAGACUACUGUGCUGAAUAAUUUACUACUUGAAUUUUUUAAAGAUUUCAAGUACAAUACAGCUAACUAUUUGAUUUGUAAAAUGAAAAAAUUAAAUAAAAUAUUUAAAUAAAAUUA